AUGGAGUUAGAGAGAUUGAAAAAUAUGUGGAAGAAGAGGAUCCUAAACUAUGAUGUGAAAAGAUUAAGGGGUGAUGUUUUCUUUAUCAUCUUCAGGAGGGAAGAAGAUUGUAAAAGAGUGCUUAAGAAUCAAUCACGGUUGUUCAAAACCUAUCAUAUCUUACUUCGUAAAUGGGAAGCUGAUCUGAAGUAUAGUGAUAUGAGUUUCAAGUUUCUAAACAUCUGUGUGCGAAUCCUUGAUCUCCCGGUUGAAUAUAUGUCUAGGGCUUAUGUUAAAAAACUAGCCCUUCAAAUAGGUACUCUUGUUCCUUUAGAGGAAGAUGAUGCAAAAGACCGAAAAAGUCUAGAAUGGGACAUGCACCUCUGUGUAAAGGUCAAGAUAAAUAUAACCACUCCUUUAGUGAAAUUAGUGAAAAGAGUGAGAAAGGACAAUGGGGAAAAUUGGCAUAUUGUAAGGUAUGAAAACCUCCCGAUCUUAUGUUUUUUGUGUGGCAGUGUGGGACAUGUAGUUGAAGCAUGCGGUUUUAAGGAGAGAAAGGAUCCUAUUGAUGACCUUGCAGAGAAACUUGCUUGCCACUCAACGACAAAAUCAGGAAUCCUUAAGGAUUAUGGCCGUUAG